GACACUGUCAGUCUCUCACAAGUGAGUGAAAGCUCAGGGGCCGUAGCGAUCUGAACGCAGUGCCAUCAGCAUACCACACAGGGUCUGACCUGCCAUUGAGUGCCGAAAUAUUCAGGAGUCUAUGUUUCAUGUUUUGCCAGAACAAAAGGUUGUCCGGAUGACUGCAGAGUGCCCUUCCAUCUGAAGCACCAGAGGAGGCGGUUCUUAAAGUGUCUUCAUAUCUAUGGAAUAAAACCAGCCAUCAUGUCAGGGAAGUCAGAUGGGAAGAAGAAGUGGGCGGCAGUUAGGGAUCGCCUGGGCUCCUCACAGGACUCAGAUUCCCAGCAGGAGGCCAACCUGGAGAGUGCUGACCCAGAGCUGUGCAUCAGACUGCUGCAAGUUCCCACCGUGGUCAACUACUCGGGGCUGAAGCGUCGUCUAGAGGGCAGUGACCAGACAUGGAUGGUCCAGUUCCUGGAGCUGAGCGGACUGGAUCUCCUCCUGGAGGCCCUGGACCGGCUCUCAGGGCGGGGAUGCUCUCGCAUUGCAGAUGCCCUUCUGCAGCUCACCUGUGUCAGCUGCGUGCGAGCGGUCAUGAACUCCUCUGCAGGGAUCCACUUCAUUAUAGAGAACGAAGGAUACAUCCGGAAGCUUUCCCAAGCUUUGGACACUUCGAACACCAUGGUGAAGAAGCAGGUGUUUGAGCUACUUGCUGCCCUCAGCGUGUUCUCUGCAGAUGGUCAUUCCCUGGCACUGGAUGCCUUGGAUCACUAUAAGGGCGUGAAGAUGCAACAGUAUCGCUUCAGCGUGAUCAUGAACGAGCUGCAGGCCACAGAUAACGUCCCUUACAUGGUCACACUUCUCAGUGUCAUCAACGCCCUCAUCUUUGGGACGGAUGACCUCAGGCAGAGAGAUAAGAUGAGAAAGCAGUUUAUUGGGCUGCAGUUGCUUGAUAUUCUGCCAAAGUUAAGGUGA